UCUUGGGGAGAGUAGUAAGGAGAUUGGGGAUAAUAUUUUUUGCAAUUAUGUAAUUCAUAAAAAGAUAGGCAAUUAAGAUCUUUAACCAAUCUUUGGCAUAUCUUCGUAUUUCUUACUGUUACGCUAUUUGAGUUUACUUACACGAUGAAGAGGAACAAGAAAACAGAUUAAGAAUAGUGUCUUGUUAAUCCUUUCCUAUUACCCCUGAAAAUGGACUGAGAACGGACAUGGCAGACAAAAAUGAACCAGAAGAAAUUCGUGAUGUUAUUAUCAUUGGAGGAGGGAUUAUAGGAUGUUUCACGGCAUGGCAUCUAGCUCAACAAGGCCAGAGAGUCCUGCUGCUGGAACAAUUCAAUCAUAUCCCUCACUCCUGGGGCAGUUCUGCAGGUGAAUCAAGGUGUAUCAGAAAAGCUUACAUAGAAGAAGGAUACUCUGAGUUGAUGAAAAAAGCUUAUGAAAUGUGGACAGAUUUUGAAAAUAUGACACAAAACAAAUUUCUUUGGAAAACUGGCAUGCUUCUGGUGGACAAAGGAGAUGGAAGGAAUGUAAAACCUGUAAAAGAUAAGUUAGAUGAACUUGGCUAUCCUAAUACCACGUACAGCAGUGAAGACCUGAGAAAACACUUUCCAACGAUCAACUUUAAGGAUCACAUUGGUUUGUUUGACCAUGAUGGCGGCGUUCUGGAUGUGCAUAAUAUUUUCAAGUCAUUAUUGUUGCUGAUUGACAAGUUGGGAGGAAAAAUUCAGACAGGGGUCAAAGUUCAGAACAUCUGCCCAGGGACUGAGGUCACUCUCACCACUAACAGAGGCAAGUACAGAGCAAAGAAAGUUGUACUGACCACAGGACCCUGGACAGCCGACAUUACCAAAUCUUUAGAGCUCAGUUUACCACUAAGGGUUAAAGCUGCAACAGUUUGGUUUUGGAAAGAGAAGAAGUUUGGCAGUUACAGUUUGGAUACAGGAUUUCCAGUAUUUGCUGAUUAUAACAUUGAAAGUUGGAAUGACUUUAUUUAUGCCGUCCCUUGCUAUGAAUAUCCAAACAUGCUCAAGCUUCACAUGCAUCACACCAUAGAGCAUUCGAUCCACCCAGAUUACCGAGAUGCCCAGGUAGGAGAGGCAGUGGCCAAGAUUACCAAGAAACUCACUGCUUAUGUCAGGGAGCACUUCCCCUACCUGGAGGAGGAGCCAUCUAUAGUGCAAAGAUGCAUGACCACUAUGACUCCUGAUUAUGAUUUCAUACUUGACAAACAUCCAAUGUGGGACAACAUUGUGAUUGGUGCAGGAUUUUCAGGUCAUGGUUUUAAGCUUUCACCUCUCAUUGGCAAACUAUUGGCUAAUAUGGUACUGGAAAAACCAAUCACCAUUGACAUGAAACCAUUUAAGAUUUCUCGGUUCCAGAAAGCGACAUGGAAGUUUUCUAAGUUAUGAAUUACUGAGACCAUAAAUGGAAGGCACAGCACAGCACAGCAUAAGAAAUGUUUCAGUUGCAUUGAAGAUUUCUCCCUAGAAUACAUGUACAUGUUCAUGUAUAUACAUGUAUUUAUCACUCCUAAAGUAAGCACUGCUAAUUGAGAGUAUAUUAUUGAAUUUUUAAAAGAUCAAGGCAGUGGCUGACACCUUUAGGGCCAAUAUUGUGACUUUGGUGGUUACAUAAACACAUACAUAUAAGGGUAGGGUUAGUGUGUGGGAGUGCCAGUACUAGUGGUUUUCUGUAAUGCUUUGUUUGCAUGUUUAUUGUACAAUUCCUGCAAUAUAUACAAAAAUUCAGUUUUAUCAUACCUGUAGCCAGCAAUUGCAAGGGUGGAAGAGCUUUUUCUAAAGUGUACCUUUCAACUCCUAUGCUGACCCAAGUUGAGACAUUAGAAUGAACAUAGAUCAGAUUUUGAUUCAGAGAUGAGUUUUUUCCAACCAAAAGGGCAGUUAUUUUACCACCACCCAUCAAAAUAACCUGCCUACAGGCUUGCUUCUUUAUAAUACAGGGUACUAUUUUUAUCAAUUUGCAUCAUUUGCAAGUUAAUUUAAAUAUCUGAUAUAAUUUUUAAAUAUUAAAAUAAUUAUUAUGAAAUGCUGUUAUGUUUUAUUCUGCAGAGAAGAUAUACAUGUUCAUGUAACACAUAAUUGAAUUAUUUUAAUUAAGAAUGGUUACAUACUAUGGUAAUGAAGCUGACAGAAUGAUGAAAUUAUAUUUUAAUAAUUAAAAUAUAAAAGAGAAUCUUUUAAUUCAAUUUACUGUAUUUAUGGAAUAUAUAUA